AUGAUCCGCAAAGAGGUUCAAGAGAUGAAGAAGAAUAAGAAUAAGAGCCCUCAUGAUCAGCCACUGACGAUUUCUUCACUUCCAGAAGAAAUCUUAGAGAACAUCCUCGCACGUAUCUCUAAAUGGAAUUACCCUAAUCUCUCUCUUGUCUCCAAGAGAUUCCUCUCUCUUCUCUCUUCUCCCCAACUCUACACGACUCGAUCUAACAUCGGAACCACAGAACCAUGCCUCUAUUUCUGCUUAGAAUUGCCUGACCAAUCUCCUGAAUGUUAUACUCUUUGGAUGAAACCUGCCAAAACCCUAACGGACGAUGAUGAUGAUGAUGAUGAUAUUUCUGACGAAUUUUCAUUGGUUCCGGUACCGUACCCGGCGACGCCAUCUUCAGCUGUUCGUAUCCUUGAUUGUAGGAGUAACACGUGGCGUGAUGGCCCCAAUAUGAUGGUGGCUCGGGAGGGUGCGAAUGCGGUUUUUGGUGAUGGGAAUAUAUAUGUAAUGGGAGGUUGUGGGAAGGACGAGUCCAUGGCUUGGAUGGAAGUGUUAGACAUAAAGACUCAGACUUGGAGUUCUUUGCCGAGCCAUGGAGCCGACGAGUUACGUAGUAGCAGCGAGCAAGGAGUGUUAAUAAUCAGUAUGCUGGAAGGAAAGAUUUACGCAGUGGAUGAUAAGAAGGACUAUGCUUAUGAUCUGAAAAAACGUACAUGGGGAGUUGUAGAAACGCACUCGAGCAGCAUGUGGAUAUAUGCUUUGUGUGUGAUAGAGAAUGAUACAUGUUGCUUAGCACAAGGGUAUGUGCUUGAUUUAGUUAAUUAUGGUGGGAAACUUUUAGUUGCGUGGAUGACGGUUCACAUAGACAACGCAAAACAGAUAAAGAGAAUCAGGUUCGCAAGGAUUGCGUUAGAGAAGCACCAUGGAGGUGAGGUUUGGGGUAAGAUGGAGUGGGCUAAUACUCUUCUUACGGUUCCAGCGUCGUUUGAAUUCUUGAGUAGUUGUGUAGUGGUCUCGAUUUGA